AUGGCCGACGCGACCACCCCCUCCCCUCCCAUCAAGCGAAGCGUCGCCCGCGGUGAUGUCCGUUACCGACGGACGACAGUCACAGGCACCCCUCCUCCCAUCCAGACGAAAACAAAGGACAGAACAACUACUCUCGAAGUGCCGCGACCGCCGACAAGUCCCACGACGGUCUCUCCGAAGAGCGAUUCCAAGGAAAAGCGCGCCAUCUCCAGCAACAUCCUCCACAAGUUUAACAUAUUGCGGCGGGGUAGCGGAUCUGGAGAGAGGCCACCUUCACGAGAAUUGAGACCUCCUUCACGUGAGAAGGAGGCUACCAGUCCGACGAGAGCGCUAUCCAACCAAAAGUCCUUCGAGGAUGAUUUCGCGGUCGAGGAUGCGCCGUCAUCGGUUUCAGAGACGGAAAGGGAGGGGACUAUCAGUCCCAAGCCCAGGCAGGUCAGCACGACGAGAAAGAGGACAGGGUCUUUGCGGAAGGCUGCUCUGCUAGGUGGGCGAAGGAAUGUCACUGAGGGCCGGGAAAGAGAGGCAGGCUUCAGUCCACAGCAGGCACCGCUCAAUCUUCCAGAGUUGAGAAGGGAUGACGAGGUAUUAAGUCGCGGCGUACCACAGGAAAGACACGAUACUACGGACGGGGGCCACUUAUCUGUGCUCGAGGAGAAAUUCUCAGGCCCGCGGUCCUUGAAACGACAACAAAGCUACGAGACCACCAUCUACUCCACCAGCAGCGACAACAGCUGGACCAAGCCCGCCGCCGUCUCCGCCGCCCGCCUCUCCCUCCUAACCGGCCACCAAGACCGAACCCGCGCAGCAACCGUCAGCACCACCACCACCACAACCACCGACCUCGGCUCCCCCCUCGACCUCAAAUCCCCCACCAGCCAAUUCAGCUACACCAGCACCGAAUCCGACGACCCCCUCACCUUCCCCCCGCGCAGCAAACCCAUCCCCGCCCCCAUCUCCUCAUCCUCCACAUCCUACUUCCCCCUCCUCUCCCCCACCGACUCCCAAACCUCCUUCCCCCCAACUUCCAAAUCCAAAAAACGCCGUUCCCCACUCUCCCGCACCCUGACCCUCCAAUCCCCUCCCCCGACCGAAGUCCCGCCGCACGACUACACCGAGACGGAAACCUGGGGCUGGAUCCUGCUCCUCACCACCUGGCUCACCUUCACCGUGGGCAUGGGAUCCUGUCUCGGCCUGUGGAGCUGGGCGUGGGAUGUCGGGGACACGCCCUACGCGCCCCCGGAUCUCGAGGACGAUCCUACCCUGCCGGUUGUGGGGUACUAUCCUGCGUUGAUGGUGCUGUCGGGCGUGGUGGCGUGGGUGUGGAUUACGGUCGCGUGGGUGGGGAUGAAGUAUUUUCGGCAUGCGAAGAUUGAGGUCUGA